AUGUUUGAACCCGGAAACAAAAUAGAACCUAAAGAAGUAUGUAGUAAUAAGGAUAAUGAAAACCAAACCGAAACUAUUGAAGAAGACGACAACGAUUUAUUUGAUGAUAUAUCCUUUUCGCUUCCUCGUGGUCAUGUUCCUCAAUCAUAUCUAGAUUUAUCAAGUACAGAGAUUGCAAGUAUGGAUGAACAUUUACCUGAAAGUAAUAUAGGAUAUAAAUUAUUAUUGAAAAUGGGUUGGAAAGUUGGUCAGGGACUUGGAAGCAGAAAAGAACCUAUUCGAAUAGAUAUUAAAUCUGAUAGUUUAGGUGUAGGUAAACUCGAAGAAGAAAAUUAUUAUCAUUCUACUAGUACAGCAAGACGUAAAGCUUUAGAUAGUGAAAAAAUUGCAGAGGAGACUGAAGAAGAACGCAAUAAAGUUCAAAAACAAGAAUCGAUUAAAAAAGAAUUAGAAACUAUUAAUGCGGCAUUUUAUUGUGCGUUAUGUGAUAAACAAUAUACAAAAAUCUCGGAGUAUGAAACCCAUUUGAGCUCAUAUGAUCAUAAUCAUCGCAAGAGAUUCAAGGAAAUGAAAGAAAGUAAUCGUCCCACAGCUAAAUUGGAUAGAAAACGUGAAAAGGAACGUAAAAGAGAAGAAAAAGAAUUGGCAAGAAUGCAACAAGCUGCACUUCAAAGAGCGGGUAGCAAACAAUCUUUUACUAACGAUAUUCUUAAUAAUAGUUCAUCAAGUAAAUCAUCAAUUAACGAUAGCACAACUAAAACGAAUUUAAGUGAUAGUUUG